AUGACAUCAGUUGUCAAGCUGCGAGCAAAAUAUAAAUGGUUGAAAGAACAGUGGAGAAAAUUCACGGACAGGGCAAAGUCUGGCAGUGGAAAAUCAGCAAUAGAUGAACCUGAGUGGUUUACCAUCAUCGACCCGAUUUUCUCCGAAACUCACACAGAAUUAAAGGUUGCAACAAAGGCAGCGAACAUCCUUAAUAGUGACGACAGUAGUGAAGAUGAUGAAUAUAAUGAGAAGGAGGACACGAUUGAAGAAAUAAAGCUUGCUACUAGUAUGGUACCCCGUGAGAGGAAGCAGCCAUUAGAUUCAAGUACGUCUUCUUUAGAAGCAAGUUCUGGGCAAAGCCACUUGUCAGGGAAUGAGAGUGAAGAAGAAUGUAACAGGUAAAUAAUGAAUUGGUAUUAUUUUCCCCAGACUUUCAAAUGAAUUUUAUAAUGGAUGUUAUGCAAUUGCAUACAAGGAAUUUAUGUCAGUAAUAUGUACACGAAACAUGAAUAUACAACUAUUGCUAUACGUCAAAUUGUUAGUGACUAUAUGCAUCUUUACAUGGUAACUAUGGUUUUAUUAGUAUUUAUUGGUCAGCCCUUUAACUUUGCCUCACUACAUAUAAAAUAAAUUUCAGUUUUUCUGACCUUAAAAGGCAUUGUUUUUAAUGUGUUGUACAGGGUGAAAAACCACAAACCUAAAAAACAGCCACAGAGCAAAGACUGUAAAGAGUCUUCCUGUGAAGAGGGUGAAGUAGAUUCAAAGGAGACAUCCAAGAAGAAGGUACUGAAAUCAACUGUGUCAGUGCGGCCCAGGUAA